AACCCCUGGCAGAAAACAUUUCCUGGAAGACCUGGAACCGUACGUCUGUCUCUUCGAAGACUGCACGAGUUCCCAUGAGCUUUUCUCCUCCGUCGAGCAAUGGUUGGCACAUAUGAAAGCCCACCCAGUACCGUCAACAGAAUGGGUCUGCUCCAUGCGCCAUACAGUACCCUCUAAGACAGUGAUGCAGAGUGCCGAAGAGUUUGCUAGUCAUAUGAGAGACGAGCAUACCGGUCGCUUUACUGAUAUACAGAUAAAAAGUCUUCAAGAUCGAGCUGCGCGACCCGGUUCCAUGUUCCCCGACUGUCUGUUCUGUGACUGGUCAUUGCCCCCAGAUAGCGAGCAGGAGAGAAUUCCAGGCAGUUUAACACCCGUCGAAGAACACACCGCUGACCACCUGUUUGAUCUGGCACUCAUGUCACUUCCGCAAACGUGGAAUACCAAGGGUGAUGGCGAAGACGAAAGAGAUAGUUUGGCGAACGUUUCCCUUGACAGUGGUAAUCAGAAUAGCCACAGCGUGCUGUCACAGAAUCUGUCGGGUUUCGACAAUAGCAGUUAUCGGAGCCCCUCGGCUAGCCCGUUGGGUGAUGACGGAGUCACAAAUACCUUGAUACAGGAAGGCAUGACGGGCUCCCAGUCCCCUAGCCAGAUGCUACCUGGACAGGAGAUGAUGGUUCAGCAGCAGCAGCAGCCCCAGACAGCCUCGCAACCCCCUGUCACUGUUCCUCCAACCGCUCCACAAGUCGAGCCAGAGCCCCAAACCUCGCAGCCUUCAGCGCAACAGGUGGGAGAAGACGUGACGAUAAAAUCCAAGGCUACGGCUUCUGGUAAAGGGAACAAACCGUCUUUUGCAGAGCAGACAUCCAAAAGCAAGCUACACGAUGGUGAGCCCACGGAAGAACAAAGCACACCUAUGCAGAAGCAAUUCGAGCCUGCAGUUUCUCAAGGAGGACCUGCUUUUCCUGAAUAUAAGCCCAAUCUGCCUUUCAAUCGGGCAGAGAUGGCGGCUAUGACGCGGCAGCAACGUGCUCAGUUGGAGAUGCAUAUACGGCAGCGUCGGGCGCAAGGCCUUGGCUUAAUAAGUAUGGCGUCUGCUGAAGAUGCCUGGAACAAUUUACCGGAAAGGAUUAAGAUGAUAUACGAUGAAAUUGUUAAAGCUGCACCGCCUGAUGAGCCUGUUACAGUUGUUUCGGAGCAGAAGGCAACCAUGUCUCAGCAGCUGCGUGACUUGAUCAAUCACCUGGGUAGAAUGGAUGCACUUGUCCAAUUCAUUUCAAAUACUAUCCCUGAUCAGAAGCGUAGUGUCCGCACUUUACUUUCAUUGCGAGUACAAUUAAUGAGGCAGUUUAAACCAGGUUCUAACUGGGAGCUUGCCGAUUAUUACACUAUCACUCCCAGGGGCCUCGAAAAUGCGAUCAAUUACAUCAAGGAGAUGUUCGAUCAUAUGAAUACUCACUUAGACCGCGUUGCUGAACAGAACGGUCAGAGAUCGUCGAUGCCAACUCCAUCCCAGGAAAGCUUUUCUUUGCCAUCAAUCAGUUCUGUUCAUAUGCCUUCACUCAGACUCACCGGCUGCCAAUGGGCCGACUGUGUCUAUGCUUCUAAGAACUGGGAUUCCUGGGAAGGCUUGCUCCGGCAUAUUGAACGAGAUCAUAUCUUAGAUCGUGAAGACCUUUAUGUUUGUUCGGUUGAUGAAUGCUCACGAAAUUUGCCGAACAAAGCCGACCUCAUGGCUCAUCUUCAACUACGCCAUCAAGACAACCCAAAGGCCAUGGAACAAGACCGGGAGCUGAGGGAAAACGUGACUCAAUCAGCGAGGGUUCUCCAUUGCAAGUGGAGCAAAUGCGUGUCUACAGACUUGUACUCAUCCAAUGAGCUUGUCCAGCACAUAUACACUACUCAUGUCGCUCCAGAGCCCUGGUAUGAUUAUACGCAUUCUCAUAACGCAAUGGAAGCCGAUGCAAAUCUACCAACAGAAAAUGACCCACAGGAUGUGACCGUGGAAGAGGAAUCCGCCAGUAUCAGAUGCAUUUGUGAAUUCUCUCAUGACGACGGCGCCACGAUAUGCUGCGACAAGUGUAACAAAUGGCAGCACAUCAUAUGCUAUUACGAGGAUGAUCUGAAUUAUCCUGAAACCCACGUGUGCGGAGAGUGCCAGCCCCGGCUAUUCAAUAUCCAGCGCGCGAAGCGUAUACAGGAGCAACAACUUGAACAAGCAGCAAGUCAACACAGAGAAGAGAAAUCUUCCAAGAAGAGAAGACACAAGAAUGCAACAGGAGAUAUCAGCAAAAGAAACCGCAAAGGUUGGGCUGAAUCCAGCCCUCUACCACGAAGGGCCGGGCCGGAAUUUGCACCGGAUCUAUUUCCACAUGAAACUGAGCCUUUUAGAAAACGCAAACUUCGUACGCCGUCAGCUCCUCUACCCCGAUCUGCAACCAGCCCGCAGAACGAUAUUCGAGACAAAAAGAUUUCUCUCCAAGAGGACCAAGACCGGCAAAUGAAGGAAUAAAGUGGAAUAUCUGAAAGGGCUAAGCAGUGGGCAGAUCCAAGGCCAACGGAC